AUGACGUCUCAUGUGUGUGAACUGUGUGAUAAGACAUUCACUAAAAGGUUUUCUCUGAAGAGACAUUAUGAUAAUGUUCACAACGGAUACAGCCCUAAUGAUGGAAACCCCAAUUGUUCACAAACUGUUCAGUGUGCGAUAUGUAGUUCAGACCUUGGUAAGACAGCCAAUUUAAAGUGUGAACUGUGUGAUAAGACAUUCACUAAAAGGUUUUCUCUGAAGAGACAUUAUGAUAAUGUUCACAACGGAUACAGCCCUAAUGAUGGAAACCCCAAUUGUUCACAAACUGUUCAGUGUGCGAUAUGUAGUUCAGACCUUGGUAAGACAGCCAAUUUAAAGUGUGAACUGUGUGAUAAGACAUUCACUAAAAGGUUUUCUCUGAAGAGACAUUAUGAUAAUGUUCACAACGGAUACAGCCCUAAUGAUGGAAACCCCAAUUGUUCACAAACUGUUCAGUGUGCGAUAUGUAGUUCAGACCUUGGUAAGACAGCCAAUUUAAAUGAACACUUACUUUCUAAACAUCAGAUCAAUGUUGAAUCAGAGAAAAUUACAUUUACUAGUGAAGAUGAAUUUUUAAAGUGGAAGAAGUGUCAUGAAGAAAGUGAAAAAUCUCUGUUCAUCAACAGGAGGGGUAGCUACCGAAGUAAAGACAAGAAAGUGACAUACUAUCAGUGUCAUCGUUCGGGUAAUUACCGAACGCACUUGUCUUCUGAGUGUCAGCGUAAACGAUCCAUGAAAAUUCAGGGAACAAAGAAAAUAAAUAGUUACUGCCCUGCAAAAAUGAAAGCUAUUACUUCGAUGAUAAAUGGAAGCGUUGAAGUGGAAUUUUGUAAGACUCACGUAGGACAUCAAGCUUUGUUAGCCCAUUUGAGUAUCCCUGAUGAUGAACGACAAACUAUUGCAACCAAAAUUGCCCAAAAAAUCCCGUUUGAUGCUAUUAUUGAUGAGGUUCAGAAAACAGUUACUAAAGAGGUUACGAGGAGACAUCUUCUGACAAAACAAGAUCUGAGAAAUAUAGUGAGAGAAUAUAGUUUAGAUAGUGAAUGUGUACGGCAUACAAAUGAUGCGAUCAGUGUUGAAAAGUGGGUAGAGAUGGAAAUAGCUAGUGACAAGAACUCAGUCAUAAUGUACAAACCUCAGGGUCUUGAUUCAUCCGAUUACCCUGAACUAACCAAAGACGACUUCAUGCUGGGCAUAAUGACUGAAGCCCAAGCUGGCAUGCUCAAGAAAUAUGAAAGAGAUUGUAUCUGCAUUGAUUCUACCCAUGGAACUAAUGCAUAUAAAUUUGAAAUGACGACUAUCUUAGUGCUGGAUGAUAUGCGUCAAGGAUUUCCUUGCGCAUUUUUGUUUUCAAACAGAAAUGACCACAUAGCUUUGGACUUGUUUCUAAAUUCAGUAAAGAGCAAAGUUGGAGAAAUCAAAGCAAAGGUACUUAUGACAGACAUGGCAGAUGUAUUCUAUAAUUCUUGGAAAUCGACUAUGGGAGAUGUUGACAUGAGAUUAUUCUGUUCAUGGCACGUGCAGAGAGCUUGGCAGAGAAGACUGAACACGGAUAUUAAAGAUUUGGACCUGCGGAAAGAAACAUUAAAGAAAAUGUACACUCUACAAAAUGAAGUGGACGUGAAAAACUUUGAAAAGAUUAUGCCUGUGAUUAUCAGCGAGGUAUGUCAAUGUUCUGAAACAAAAGAAUUUGGCUUGUAUUUUAAGGAAAACUACGGCAAAAAUUAUAAAUCAUGGGCCUAUUGCUAUCGCAAAGGAGCAGGUAUCAACACAAACAUGCACCUUGAAAGACUUCAUGGAAUUUUCAAGCACCUGUACUUAGUGAUGUGGGUCGGGUAA